AUGCUCGUUGGUCUUCCCACAGAGCUGCUCCAUCUGAUUGGCUACGGUUUGCGUGUUCUGUCGGCGGCCGAUGUUGUGCGGUUGGCAGGGACGUGCAAGCGGUUGCAAACGGGGCUGCUGGGCUCGGCACACGGAAAGAAGCUGGCUCAGGCAUUGCUCGGAUUUGAUGCUUGCGUGGAGAAGCGUCUUUGGAAGGGGGCACUGGUAGCGCUUGCACAGGUACCGGCACGCGAACAGGCCAGCUUUGUCGGCGAUGGCGGCGUCACGUCGCGGAUGGCGGUUGUCGUCGCGGCACGGGAGCGGGACGAGGACUGGCUGAGUCUGGUCUCUGCGAUGGCCGCAACGGGCGCGAUGAUCACGGUGCCGGAUGGCGCGCAGCUGCUGGAGAUGCAGUGGGUCGGCGGUCCUCUGAAAAUUGGCGCGGUAGCGGUGAUUGUGUGCGGCGGCGAGCAGCUUGUGGGGCUGGCAAGUGAGCUGCUUGCGGUGAUAAGUGGAGUGAGCCGUGCAGGCGUGCUUUGUGCUGCUGCGGCGAAAGGCUUCGUCCGGCUGAUUAGCCAGCUGCUGCGGAUUGAUGAUGGCACAGACGUUGUCCAGGAAGGCCAGUGUGCUCUAGCAUGGGCAUGUGCGUACGGACACGACGCGGCGGUGAGGGUGCUCCUCAAUGACAGGCGGAUCAACCUGUCUGCAUACGACAACGCUGCAUUCAGGUACGCCGCAGCGCAUGGGCAGACUGCGGUGCUGGCUCUCUUGCUCAAGGAUCGGCGAGUUGACCCGUCUGCCGGUAACAACGAAGCACUGAGGGUGGCGAUCAAGGGGAGUCACCGCGACGUGGUGGCACUGCUUGCGGGCGACGCACGGGUCGAUCCGUCAGUCAGCCACAACCAUGCCAUUCGCUGGGCAAGCCGCAACGGAUAUGACGACAUUGUGAUGACACUCCUCGCUGAUGACCGGGUAGAUCCUGGCAGCUACGGAAACCAGGCGAUCCAGUCGGCAUGCGACAAGGGCCACACACGCGUGGUCGAGCUCCUUCUCGCCGACGACCGAGUUGAUCCUGCCGCGGCCGACAACUACGCAUUUCGUGCAGCAUGCGAUCGUGGGUGGGCCGACGUGGUGUCACUGCUACUCGGCGACCGGCGAGUCGACCCCACUGACAAGGACAACUACGGGCUCCGAUUCGCAGCGCGACGGAUCAACGCUGCAGCAGAGAACAACUAUGCGCUUUGCUGGGCAUCGCGUGCUGGGCACGUCGAGGUGGUCAAGAUCUUGCUUGGCCAGGCGUGUGUCGAUCCGACGGCCAACAACUACGAGGCCGUCAGGCAGGCAUCGGAGAACGAAUUCACCAACGUCGUUUCGGUUCUCUGUGCAGAUGCUCGCGUCCAGCCGGAGGUGGUUGCGCGGUACUGGCGCAUAAGAAUGACGGAGGAGCGUGUAGGGCCAGCAUGUCCGAAGUGA